GGGGACGGCCCAGCAGGCACCAGCUCCAGGGACCUAGUGUGCUCUGUUAAUCCUCAAGGCGCCGAAGGAGGAGGUGCAGCCUGCACUAUGAACCCGUGGCUCCUGGUCUGCUUGGUGGCCUGCUUCAUGGGUGCCUGGGCCCCGGCUGUCCAUGCUCAAGGUUCCUUUGAGGACUGCUGCCUGGCCUAUCACAGCCUUGCCAGGCCAUCCUUGCUCCGACGUGCUCACAGUUACCAGCGCCAGGACGUGAGCGGGAGCUGCAACCUGCCGGCUGUGAUAUUCUUCUUCCCCCAGAAAGACAGGAUGGUUUGUGGGAGGCCGGGGGCCAGGUGGGUGCAGAUUGGGAUGAAGAUUCUGGAUGCUCGGAAUAAAACCCACUUCAAGCACCACCAUGGCACCUGGAGAAACUUCCAAGGCCCUCACUCUGGGGUGAGGAAGUUGAGCUCUGGAAAUGCCAAGCUACCAUUGUCAAAGUUUAGUGGUCCCACCAGAAGCAGCAAGAGGAAAGCCUCCCUCCUGACAACAGCUAAUACAGGUCAGGACUCUUGAUCCUGUGACCAGCCUCCACUCAUCACUGCUGCUGAGGAAUGAAGGUUCCUCAUCAGCCCAGACUGGAUCAGGGGACUCACCGCCACGACCGCAGAGGGCUGGCUCUGUGGCCAGUUCCACAGCUUCGCAUGGGAGGGUCCUGGGGAGCUGUUCCCCACCCUGCUCCUGCCCAGGGGGCUUUGGCAAGUGCUGAAGCAAAAUUCCAGGCAUGCGGACCAAGAGCCGCAGGGCCCCCAACUCCAUGCCAGUCUCUUUCACCUUCACCUUCUUCUCCAACCCCUCCUGCAGGACGGUGAGCCCACACUUCUCCAGGAUCAGCUAGGGCAAGACCAGCUGGACCUUUCUCCGCCACAGUUGUCACCACGUGGCCCCAGAGCUGUCCCAGCCCCUCUGUCCUUCAGGACAAAUCUUAAUUCCCAUGCCUGAGGCUGCGUUGGUUCCCUCCCCAUCACCUCUGCCACCUCCUGCUCCUCAGGGGGCUGGAACCAGGGAGCCAAUCUUAUUUCAAGGCCUUAGCCUGCUCUGGGCACUAAAGUCAGCCCUACCUGGGACAGUGGUUCUGGUAAAGAACGCUCACGAUUCGCCUGCUUGCAGCCUCCUGCCACCCACCCUGGGCCACACCUGUUUGUGUCCGUCUGGCUCUUUGCAAAGCUUCAGGCCACCCAAGGAUGCCUCUCCCAGGAUACGCUUGUCUGUAACUUUUAAAUAAACCUUUAG